ACCACCAAUCUUCAUGUAGCUCUUCUGAGAUUUUUCAAAGUAUUAUUAGGCAUAUCACACCUUGGAUUUGUCCAUGGAGUGAAAUCUUUGUCGUAUUUAUGAUAUUCUUUCAUUCGUUGUUGCGGACAUCAAAUAUUAUCAGUGGGUUUAGCCCAAGACAAAAGAUGUCCUUUUCGUCAGGCGUCGAGGAACACGUCCACAAUAAUCCAACAUAA